GGGCUGCCUACCACCAUUUUCAUCUUUAGUUGUUUUCAGCCUUAAUUGAUUUCAGCCUUAGUAUUAAUUGUUUUCAGCCUUAGUAUUAAUUGUUUUCAGCCUUAGUAUUAAUUGUUUUCAGCCUUAGUAUUCAUUGUUUUCAGCCUUAGUAUUAAUUGUUUUCAGCCUUAGUAUUCAUUGUUUUCAGCCUUAGUAUUCAUUGUUUUCAGCCUUAGUAUUCAUUGUUUUCAGCCUUAUUAGUAUAUGUUGAUUUCAGGCAUAGUUGUUUUCAGCCUUAAUUGAUUUCAGCCUUAGUGUUCGUUGUUUACAGCCUUAGUAUUAAUUGUUUUCAGCCUUAGUAUUCAUUGUUUUCAGCCUUAGUAUAUGUUGUUUUCAGCCUUAGUAUUAAUUGUUUUCAGCCUUAGUAUUCAUUGUUUUCAGCCUUAGUAUUCAUUGUUUUCAGCCUUAGUAUUCAUUGUUUUCAGCCUUAUUAGUAUAUGUUGAUUUCAGGCAUAGUUGUUUUCAGCCGUAGUAUAUGUUGACUGUUUUAUGUUGACACACUGUGGCUGUUGGAGGCUUUGCGUAUUUUGACCAACUGAAUUGACAGAUACUGGAAUCUUAUUAAUAAGCCGUGUGAUGUUGGACGUCCUGAUAAUAGGUGGAGGACCCCAGGCCCUGACCCUGGCCACCCUGCUGUCCUGUCCAGACCAGGCCCUGACCCCACCUCCCCCCAACACAGACAUCCUCCAGGGGAUCCAGUUCAGCCAGGGCAGGGCCAAGACCAGCCGCUCUAAGAGCAAGAGAGGAGGAGCUACCCGUGAGGAUAACUACACUGCAGCUCAAUGUUUUUUACGACAGCAGACAGCCGAGCCCGAGGAGCAGGCCACUCCAGACCCAGAGUCAGUUACAUCUUGCCCUCUGCUGGCCUUCAGAGUGGUGGACUCAUACGGAACAUGGACCUCGCUGUGGGAGAGCCAGUUCAGAGCACUCAACAUCCCUCACCUUCGCUCACACACCCUGGUGCACACAGACCCACUCAAUAAGAGGGCUUUGCAGGAGUUUGUUCUGGAGAAGGAUCGGACAGCGGAGCUACACUGCCUCCCUGACCACACCUUCAUUCUGGAUGAGAACGCCUUCUUCAACGACAUGCGUCUGGGCAAGAAGGACAGGAGGAGACUGAGCAGCAGCAGAGGCCUACAGAAGAGCCUGUACUUUAGCCUGCCAGGCACCAGGCUCAGUGUGGACUUCUUCAUGCAGCAGGUGGACAAAUAUGGCCUGGACAGUGUCCUGACAAAGGGCACAGUGGACAGACUGACCCCUGUCAUGUCAGAAGGAAUUGUGACAUCAUUCAGGGUAUUCCUUCAGAACGGGGACGUCCUCGAGGCAAGGCGGGUAGUCAUGGCGACCGGGCCGACCCGUGCCCAGAUGGCCAACAUUCCUUUCUGGGUGUCGUCCAUAGCGGAGAGCUACCCUGAGGAACGCCUGCAGCACACCGUACAGCUCAUGCACCACCACUCACGGUCAACACGGCAACAGGAACCAAGAAGCCAGAACCAGGAACAGGAAGAGAGUUCUUCUUCUCUCUUAUCAGCAGGUCCCUAUGUGGUGUGUGAGCCUGGCCAGAGGGUGAUGGUGGUUGGUGGAGGCCUGACCAGCGCUCAUGUCAUCUCCAUCGCUCUGCAGCAAGGAGCCAGUCAUGUGACCUGGGUGAUGCGCAAACACUUACAGCUGAAGCAGUUUGACGUGGGUGACGUGGAAAGCCUGGUGGGCCGGUACUCCCAUAUGGAGCAUGGCAUCAAGAUGGACGGCCUGGCCUUCCUGCGCCAGUUCUACAAUGAGAGCAGCGUCCAUAAGAGACUGGCCAUGAUCAGACAGGCCAGGAAGGGAGGGGCAGUUACACCUGAGGCCUACGCAGCCCUGCAGCCCUACAUCCAGACUGGACAGCUGUCUGUCCGAGCAUACUGCCAGGUGACUGAAGCUAAGUGGUGCUAUGACAGCCAGGUGUGGAGACUGUCACUGUGUGGACAGAAUGGCUAUGAAACUUGGACUGGGGACAGGAUAUGGCUGGCUACAGGAUGCAAACUGGACGUCAACCAAGACCCUAUGCUCUCUUCUGUCAUCAAGGAAUUCCCUAUUCAGGUCCUGGAUGGCUGGCCUUGUAUAUCUGAGAGCUUGCAGUGGGCUCCAGGCUGUCCUCUGUACCUGAUGGGACAGUACACAGCACUUCAGGUUGGUCCGCACGCGCUGAAUCUGGCAGGAGGACAGGCUGCAAGCGCGCGCAUCGCGAAGGACAUAAUAUUCCAGCACAGCCGGAGUGGUUACGGAGGGACAGGGACACAAACCACCGUGGAGAGAGCACACACAGAAGAAUACAUUCAGCAGAUGCACGGGCUGAUGUGGUUAUGAUUAAAGACCUUAGCGCAAGUAAUGUUUUGAUGUCAAAGGGAGAUUUACGCAACGAUAAAUCAUGGAUUCAGCUGCCUUCCUAGUUGAGAAUAAACUACACCUCACCCCAUCCUAGCUCCGAAUAAACUCCCCCCCCCCUUCCUAAUAAACUGCACCUCACCCCUUCUUAUCUGAGAAUGAACUAACCCUCCCUCUUUUUUUUAUUCAAACUAAUCCCUUGCGGUCAAUCACGCCCUUCAUGUCCGUACAUGCGCAACAGAUGCAGUGUUGGUAACCGCGACAACAACAUGACUGCGCUUGGAAGAUGAUAGGCUUAUAAUUCUGUUGUUGCCUACACACUGGGAGGAUUUGACAGCCUACAUUACGUGCUUG